AUGCCUAUAUGUAGAUCAAGCAAAAAGAAGUGUAAAGCAGCAACAGAAGUUCAGUUAGAAGUCGAAGAGAAAAAAGUAGAACCGAAACCGGUAGAAGUUCAGUUGGAAGUUGAAAAAAGUGGGAAGUCGCAAGCAACAAAAAAGAGUCAAGAAGAAGGGGAAGAAGACGAUUCGAAGCUAAAGUCAGCAGCAAAAAUUUCAGUGGAAGUUGAGAAAAUUGGAUUAAAGUUGAUAGAGUCUGAAGAUUUUAACGUGAACAAUAUGCAGUCAACAUCAAGUGUAUGCAGUAAUUCGGCGAAUUCAGUUGAAUUUCUCGAAAUGUUAAGAAUUCUAGAAGCCAAUUAUGACGGUAUAACAGUUCCAAUCAGAACGUGGCUGGAGAAUUUCAACGAAAAUGCGUCUGCGUACGAUUUAACGGAAAAACAGAAGUAUGUGAAUGCAAGAAAUAAGAUGAGAGGAACAGCCAAAUUAUUCCUCGAAACAGUCAGCGUCUCAAACUAUGAAGCUUUAUGUGAAGCACUAGUCGAAGAGUUUGACGUGAUACUUAGCAGUGCCGACGUUCAUCAGAAGUUGAUACAACGGAAAAAGAGAAAUGAAGAGAAUUUUCACGAGUACGUACUUCAAAUGAGGAAGCUAGCAGCGCUAGGAACGGUGGAAGAUGAAUCAGUCAUUCGAUAUAUCGUGGAUGGUCUAAAGGUACGUGACGACUUGAAAUACCCUUUAUAUAGCGCCAAAACUUUUAAAGAGCUGCGAGAUCGUUUCGAAGUUAUACAGCAGAUGAGCGGCAAUCAAAUCAACAACCUGGUAGAGCAAAAGCAAAACUACGCGAAGCCAGCGCAGAAGGGCAGAGACGGCGGCAGCGAACUGCGUGGAGUUUCGAAACAACAUUGUUUCAACUGCGGGUCAACUUCACACAUACGGUCACAAUGCGAAGCAGAGACAAAAUGUUUCAAGUGCAAUGGUAGUGGGCACAUUGCAAAAAAUUGUGACAAAUCGAACGGGAAGAGGACAGUAAGCAUAAUAACGAAUGACAAGAGAAACAAGAGAAUGCAGAUCAACAACAAAUAUUUUUCAUGUCUGAUUGAUACUGGCGCAGAUGUAUCGCUGAUGCAGCAAACUGUGUAUGAGAAACAUUUUAGCAAUUUGGAAUUGAGUAAAAGUUCGGCGAAAUUGUAUGGUUUGGGAAAUGUAACAACUACGGUUAAAGGUGCACUCAAAGCAGAAGUUUUGGUGGAUAAGAUAAAAUCCGAUCAUACAUUCCUUGUUAUAGCUGACAGCAAUAUAAGUUGCGAGGUGAUUGUGGGCUACGAUUUCAUUCAGCAAUUCCAAUUGGAAUUUAAUUCCGAUGGGUAUUUUUUUUCUGGAAAAAUUGAUCAGAAGCACGAUGGGACAUUUCAGUGUGUAUACAAUGUUGUAGAAUCGGGGCACGAAAUUGACGUUGCACCACAGUACAGAGAAGUUGUAAUGAAAUUAAUCAAUAAUUAUAAACCGGUUGCUAACCCUGCUGUACACCCUAUUCAAUUAAGAAUUGUAACAAAGGGAAAUCUACUAAACUUUAAUGAGAGUCCAACUCGAAUGUCAGGAGCAGAGCGUGGCGUUGUUAAAAAGCAAAUUGAGGAAUGGUUAGAAAAGGGUAUAGUGCGUGAAUCCACUGCAAAUAUAGCUAGCAAAGUCGUUCUAGCAAAAAAGAAAGAUGGCAGUUAUCGUGUUUGCAUAGAUUAUAGGAAACUGAAUGCCAAUGUUUUAAAAGACCGAUUCCCUGUACCGAUUAUUGACGAGGUUUUAGAGAAAAUGCAGUCAGCUAGAUUUUUUUCAGUGAUGGACCUGAAAAAUGGUUUUUUCCACGUCCCUAUCGAAGAAAGUAGCCAAAAGUUCACGGCAUUCGUUACGAAAGAGGGUUUAUAUGAAUUUACUAGGGCACCAUUUGGUUUCUGCAACUCACCUGCGGUGUUCGUUCGGUACGUUAUGUAUAUUUUUCAGCAGCUUAUAAACGAGGGAAUAAUGGAAAUGUAUGUAGACGACAUAGUAGUUUUUGGUCAAACAAGCGAUGAAUGCCUUACAAAUGUGCGAAAAGUGUUGCAAACAGCAGAACCUUACGGCUUGCAAAUUAAAUGGGCUAAGUCUAGGCCACUAACGCAGUUAUUGAAAAAAGAUGCAGCAUUUGUAAUGGGUGUCACAGAACAGCAAGCAGUACAGAAGUUGAAGGCAGCACUUACUCAAGACCCCGUUUUAAAGAUUUUCAAACAAAACGGAAAAACUCAACUUCAUGUCGAUGCAUCAAAGCAUGGCUUUGGGGCAACAUUGGUGCAGCAGCAUGAGAGCAAGUGGCAUCCGGUGUUUUACUGGAGCCGAAAGACGUCACCACAAGAAGAAAAACUUCACAGUUACUUUCUGGAAGUGAAGGCAGCAUAUCUAGCGACGAAACGUCUUCGUCAUUAUUUGAUGGGUAUACGGUUCGACUUAAUAACAGAUUGCGCAGCGUUUAAGCAGACAGCUGCCAAAAAAGAUGUGCCACGUGAAGUAGUUCAGUGGCUCAUGUACUUACAAGAUUUUGAUUUUAAUAUUGAGCAUCGUUCAGCAGAUAGAAUGAAACACGUAGAUACCUUAAGCCGCUAUCCGGUUAUGGUAAUCGAGUCACACAUAAAAGCAAAAAUUCGUAAAGCGCAGCAAAAUGAUGAACAUCUGAAGGCAGUAACUGCAGUUCUCGAACAGAAACCUUACGCUGACUAUGUUUUGAAAAACGGAGUUUUAUUUACACAAUUAAAGGGCCUAGAACUGCUCGUUGUACCACGAACUAAUAAUUCAGCCAAAUGGUAUAAUUAUACAGCGAUGGUGCAAAAAGCGAUUAACGCACAUGUUCAUACAACAACAAAAUUUACACCGUACGAAAUUAUGUUUGGUGUAAAAAUGAGAAACGAAAUGUCUGCCGAUGUAAUUAAGUUGCUCCAAGAUGAAAUGUUGGUCGCAUUCCAAGGGGAUCGCAACAAACUAAGAGAAGAGGCUCGAAUCAAUAUCCAAGCCGCCCAAGAAGUGUAUAAACGAAAUUUCGACAGGAGGCGUAAAAGUAGUCAGGGAUAUCAAAAGGCGGAUUUGGUGGCGAUAAAAGUAACACAGUUUUCAGAUAAAAAGUUGGGGAACAAGUUCAUCGGGCCUUAUAGCGUGGUCAAAGAUAAAGGUAAUGGGCGGUACGAGGUUGAAAAAGCAGCCGAUUUCGCUGGGCCGCACCUUACUUCUACCAGCGUCGACAAUAUGAAGCUUUGGGCGCAUUAUGCAGCUGAGAACGACGGGUCAUCUGGGACAGAUGACGAACAGGAUGACCGAAUGUGA